AUGGGAAGGGGGUACAUGGCCAUGCCCGCUUUGUUGACAAAGCACUUCUCCGAGUCCAUUCUGAAUUAUUCCGAGAGCUGGAACAGUCCGCUCCUGGGAGCUCUCAAGAUCGACGUCCUCAACUACGUCGUCGAGGAUCCCCAUUCCAAGGAGCUUGGCUGGAUGGUGAAUUGGAUGCUCAUCCCUGCCGAUAAUCGGUCACCUAUCGUACCUAAGGAAUACCGCAACACACUCGACGUCGUCUUUGAGACCUGCAUCAAGCUCGCCUCGGUGGCAGACCACUUCAAGAUCCCCAAGCUUCGAGACCUGGCCUUGAUAUAG